GUUUUGAGGUUAUGUAGUUCUCAGCUGUAAUAAUUUACAUUACCUAUUUGCCCAUUUUGUAUAAUGAAUUCGGUUACUAUAGAUGACUUAUCGACAGAAAUUUUGUUGCAAAUUUUUAAAUAUGUAUCCAUUUGCGAUUUGUGUAGGUUAAGAAAAAGUUGCAAGCGUUUCAAUGAGAUUAUUAAUUUUUGGGGUAACGUUAUUGUUAAACGACCUGAUACUCUUGUAACUAACGAAAAAGAUCAGAGAAUAUUACAAAGAUCUCAUUUAAAACAUAACUUAAACAUUUUGGAGAAAAUUCGUAUUGAGAAAAACUGGAUUAACGGAAAAUUUAAAAAAUCUUCAUUUUUAGUAAGUGGUAAGAAAUAUAUGCCAUGGCUUCAAAUGAAUGAAAAGUUUUUAUGGGUAAGCCAAGAUGGUUGUAUACAUGAAUUUAAGAAAAAUCGAUUUUCAAAAUAUUUGAAGUCGAAUAUUAUCAGAAACAAAAAUAACAAUGCUGAUAUUGUUAAGUUUAAAGUUAAUGACAAUAGUAUAGUUUUAGGAAGAAGGGAUGGAAGUAUAUCUCUUUGGUCCAUAGAAAAUAAAGCAUUCAUUUUUGAUAUGAAAAAUUGCCACAAAUGUCAUGUAAACUGUGUUGAUAUAUCAAAUGAUGGUACACUUAUUGUAUCAGGAAGUGAUGAUGAUUCUUUUUCAAUAUGGCAAAACACAAAUGGAGUUUUAUUGCAAAAAGAAAACCAAAUUAUAUUUGAUAGAAUAUGGUCUUGUGCUCUACUUGAAGAUAAAUCCAUAGUUGCUGUGGGAACCUCUGGAAAUGAAAACGUUCACUCCCUUGUCCUUUUUGAUGUACAAAAGAAUACAGAGGAGAAACUAUCUCCUGGAGGUAUCGGGGCUGCCGUUUUCGAUAUAAAAUGGGAGUCUCCUCAAUGCGUAUGGUCGUGUGGUUAUGAUGGAAUUGUAAGCAGAUGGGAUCUAAGGCUGAAUUCUUGUGUUCAAUCUUUUAAGGACCCCUUUGGGGUACCACUUUACUGUAUGGAGUUGGAUUUUAAUAACACUGUAAUGGCUGGAACCCAGAUGCAUUCGAGAGUUGCGUUGUGGGACACAAGGCAACAGCAAAAUUGUGUACAGAUAUACUUCACCUCCAAAAGAAAUUCCCCAGUAUACAGUCUUUCCUUCGAUUCAAAGUACUUAUUUACAGCAAUUGACCAAGGUGUCAAUGUCCUGGAUUUUUCAGUUUAUUUUGGCAAAUCUAUUGAUUAUUCCAAAACUUUGUAACUUUAAUUUGAAAUUCUGUUGGAG